AUGCGUUUACCCAACCACUCGCCAGCAAAUCUCUGCCAUCUUCUCUGCUAUCUUCUCUGCACUUUUCUCUUUGAUCUCUCGACAGCCACCUCAACGAACAGUCCCUCGAUACUAGACAAUGGAGUUAGUGGUCUACCCGAAGUGGAUUGUAUGGAAGAUCGAGUAAAGCUCACUUUCAACACCGCUAAGCCGUUCACUGGGCGCAUCUUUGUAAAAGGAAUGGUCGAUAAGCCAGCUUGUGUGCAAAAAUUCGAGUCAAACGCGAACAACUCGGUGCAUUUCGAGCUGCAAAAUGGAGCUUGCAAUAUGCGGAGACAUCGAAUGAUUCAACCCGAUAAACGCGGCAUGGAGCAAUCGAUCACGAUCAUCAUCUCUUUUCACUCGACUUUCAUCACAAAGGUUGAUCGAGCUUUCCGAACAACGUGUUUCUAUAUGGAAGCUGACAAAGUGGUGACGAGUCGUUUCGAUGUUAGCAUGUUGCCAACAACUGACCUUGUUGACACGGCAAAAAUGCCAUUGUGCACGUACUCGGUGCGACGUGACUCAAUCGAUGGACCAGUUGUGCAAUAUGCGACCGUUGGAGAAGUCGUUUAUCAUGUUUGGCAAUGCGAUAGUGAUAUGUUCUCAAUGCUGGUGCACUCGUGUUUUGUUGAUGACGGCAAUGGACAAGACAGGAAACCGAUUCUGGACGAAAGGGGUUGCUCGAUCGACGAGGUGAUCGUGCCGGAUCUCACCUAUAACGCGAAAAACAAUCUCGCCUAUGCUCCAGUGUCUGUGUUCAAAUUCGCCGACAAAGUUACUACGUACUUUCAAUGCGCGGUGAGCACAUGUAUGCUCUCGGAGGGGAUGUGCGAAGGGAAAACGGUAAUUUCAAUCUUAAUAAUGAAUCUAUUCUAU